CGACUCUUCGGCUGGUCGACGGGUUUCCGUUUGUUUCUCAAUGUCUAUCUGCUGGCUGAAUUUUGCAUGAAUCUCAAUUCGUGCCCAUUGUUUGUGGACCCUUUCGUCCGGCAUGCUUGCUAGCUAGCUCGUCUUCACUUGGAGUAGCUAGCUAGGAAAUACUGUCAUCUGAACCUAUAAUCAUCGUGCUGUCUGCUGUGGAGUCUCCACUGGCAAGCAGAGAUGAUUUUCAAUUCGAACUCUGUCGCCUCAUGGCGGCUCACUGCCAUUGUGGCUGUUGUCCUAGCUUGUUUAGUACGAGCAAGUCCGUCGGUCAAUGUUGCCCUUCAGGCUUCAUUUGAUGCGGCACCAUAUCUCAUAGAACUCUUAGAAACCGCUGCCGAAGAGAACUCGACUUCCUACUUCCCAUUGCUUGACCGUGUCGCCGAUGGCGCUUUCGACGAUGCCGUGUCCGACAAACAGAUCUAUGACCGUUUCUUACAAAUCGUGGAUGAGGACGGACACUUGAAAACACCCGAAAGCCUAUCAUCCUUCAAAUUGUCUCUGGCAAUUCGAUCGGCGAGUCCUCGCAUCACGGCCCAUUACCAAUACUACAAUGCAUCUGUGCAGCACUCGUUGAUGGUGGCGCAGGAUGCCGUCUGUCCAGUUUGGGUGCACUCGGAAGGCAAACAGUACUGCUCUUCUACACUGGAGCGUGCCCAACAGGAUGUCUUGGGAGAAAUGGACUCAAGAGAGCUUCCGUUUGACCGGGUAUUGGGCGACCUAUCCUUACCUCCGGCCAUUCUGUACGCGGAUGUGGCGACUCCUAUGUUCAAGGACUUUCACCACACACUGAGCGCACUCGCAAAGGAAGGUCAGAUCUCGUACAGAGUCCGAUAUCGUCCUCCCCAGCAUUGGAGUCCACGCCCUCUCUUUGUAUCCGGAUACGGCGUUGAACUCGCAUUGAAACGAACGGACUAUAUUGUCAUCGAUGAUCGAGCGGCUGACCAACAAGGAUCCAACAAUGCGGAACCCAGCGACUCCGAGGGUGAUGCUCCAGAUGAUCUUAGACCUCUUUCGUCUUCGGAGGUGGCACGUCUGGGUGUAAACGCUGUUAGCUACGUGAUGAACAGCGAUGAUCCUUUGGACACCCUCGUGAAGCUCUCGCAAGACUUCCCCAAGUACUCUGCUAGAGUUGCGUCUCGGAACGCCUCUACCGAACUUCUAGAAGACAUUCGUUCUAGUCGACUGCAAAUGCUUCCGGCUGGCAUGAACGUCAUGUGGAUCAAUGGUGUUCAGAUUGACUCGCGACAGAUUGACGCGUUUUCUCUCCUGGACCACUUGCGGCGGGAGCGAAGAUUGAUCGAGAAGUUCCGCGACAUAGGAGUUUCCGCCCAGGAAGCAGUUAGCCUGCUAUCGCACGAGUUCCUCGGGGAGGCUCUCGCGCAGGACGCGCCUCAGCGUUAUAAUUAUUUGGAUGAUAUCGAGGGUGGUCGUGUGCUUAUAUGGCUCAACGACCUUGAGAAGGAUUCUAGAUACCAGUCUUGGCCGCAAGAGCUGGAAGCAUUUCUCCAACGCACUUACCCCGGUCAACUUCCGGCCGUGCGCCGUAACGCGAACAACAUUGUUGUCCCAGUUGACUUGAGCAGUCUCGAAGACCUGAACUUUGUGGUCACAACUAUGUCAGCAUUUGUGAAGAAGGGAAUCCCGGCAAGAUUUGCCAUCGUCCCUAUUGCAUCUUCCGUUGGCCAGAAAUCUCAGGUGAGAGUCGCUCAUUACCUGCAGGAGACCUAUGGUCUGUCAAGUCUCCUUCAAUACUUGGAAGAGUCUCUUGAUAAGAACAAAGCGGCAUCUGCCGAUAAGGGCUGCUUUGAGACUGCAACCAAGGAACGAAAGGUCCGUUCUGACAGAAAAGAGCUUUCGUUUGAAGAGGUUCUGAAGAGCGAUGACCUUGAGAAUGUGGUUUCUCAAGCCGUCCACUACCAAUAUCGACUUGGCAUCACUGCCGACGCUUCUCAAAGUUUCAUCAAUGGAGCUCCAGUCGCCCGCAAGAGCAACUGGAUGCAGGAAGUGAGCAUCAGGAUCAGUAGAGACCUGCAGCAAAUUCAACAGGGAAUUGCCGACGGAGAAAUUGAAGAGGCCACCUCCUUACCAGGAGUGUUUCUCUCCAAGGCGUUCCCCCGACGCAGUCAAUGGGUUAUUCCUGAGGAUCCUAAGGAUAUUCGGGUCGUGGAUUUGACUAAAGUGUCAGAUUCGCAAAAGUCGGCACUGAGCGAAACUCCACUUAUUGCCUCGACAAACGGCGAUGCCCUGGACAGUGCCUACCUGAUUGUUGUCGGUGAUUUCGAUUCGGAAAGCGGGUUCCAAUUGCUCACUGCAGCUCUGGAGCACCGAGAAAAGCACAAUGAAGUGGAGGUUCUCUUCAUCCAUAACGCAGAGAAGCAAACAUCUGCGAAAGGUGGAUCUACCACCCUUUACCGUUCCAUCAAGACAGGAAAACAGAUCGAGCCCGCUCAAAUUCUAGCCAAUAUUGGCUCCGCUGCCAUUUCUCCUCCAUCGGCUGAAGAAGCCGACGAGAUUGCUCAGUUCUGGGCAGGUCAGCAAUCGUUGGCUCGGGAACUUGGCUUCGCGAGUGGCGUAAACGGAGUGGUGAUAAAUGGAAGAGCCAUUGGGCCAAUUCAGCAUGACGUGACUUCUGAUGAUUUGGGUCAACUAUUGGUUUACGAGCAGGAAAAACGAAUUGGCCCAGUUGCCAGAGCCUGUAAGGAUCUUGGAUUUGGUUCAAACAUCCCUGGCCCUCUCGCCUUCGCUAAAUUGACGUCUCUCACCACACUCUCAACUGUAUCCGAUGUACCUGAGGGGAUCUUCGAGUCAACCUCUGACAUUCGCAUGAAUCUGUUCAACAAAUGGAACGAUUCUCGUUCUGUCUUGACCGUUUCGAACUCGGAGGAUCCUGCCAUCACCAUCUUAGCCUCUAUUGACCCAAGCUCGGAGACCGCCCAAAGGUGGCUCCCGAUACUGAAGGUUCUUUCAAAACUCGCAAGUGUUCGGGUCAGGCUGUUCUUGAACCCGCGCGAGCAGAUCCAAGAGCUCCCCACGAAGCGGUUCUAUCGCUAUGUUCUGGACUCGGAGCCUUCUUUCAACGAUAAUGGGUCUAUCUCAAGACCUACGGCCUCGUUCAGGGGUGUGCCAGUCGAGGCGCUUCUUACCCUGGGUAUGGAUGUACCGUCAUCCUGGCUCGUAGCACCUCAAGAUUCCAUCCAUGAUCUCGAUAACAUCAAACUCAGCUCUUUGAAUUCCGACUCCGACGUUGAAACGGUGUACGCCUUGGAGCAUAUCUUGAUAGAAGGCCAUUCCCGGGAUCUAACUACCAAGAGCCCUCCAAGGGGAGUUCAGCUGAAUAUUGGAACGGACAACAACCCCGACUAUGCGGACACCAUCAUUAUGGCUAACCUAGGAUACUUCCAGUUCAAGACCCAGCCUGGAUUGUGGAAGAUUAAUCUGAAACCCGGCUCUAGCGAGCGCAUUUUCAACCUCGAUAGCGUUGGUGGUCUAGGCUACAGCCCCCAGCCCGGCGACGACAACAAUGAAGUUGCUCUGCUUUCUUUCCAGGGCAAGACCUUGUUCCCUCGCCUAUCACGCAAGAAGGGCCACGAAAUGGAAGAUGUCCUGGAGACAGGUCCGAAAGCGGGCACGGCCAUGGACUACGUGUCCAAGGGAUUCAGCUUUGCCUCUGGAGUUCUCUCCAGCGUCGGUGUUGGCUCUAAAGGCAGCCUGUCCCAAAAGCAGGCUGACAUCAACAUCUUCUCCGUUGCGAGCGGCCACCUUUACGAACGAAUGCUCAACAUCAUGAUGGUCUCCGUGAUGAAAAACACCAAGCACACCGUCAAGUUCUGGUUCAUCGAGCAAUUCCUCUCCCCCUCCUUCAAAUCCUUCCUCCCCCACCUCGCAGCCGAGUACGGCUUCCAGUACGAAAUGGUCACCUUCAAAUGGCCGCACUGGCUUCGCGCCCAGCGCGAGAAACAGCGCGAGAUCUGGGGCUACAAGAUUCUCUUCCUGGACGUCCUCUUCCCCCUCAACCUCGACAAGGUGAUCUUCGUCGACGCCGACCAAGUCGUCCGCACCGACAUGCACGACCUUGUCACCCUCGACCUCGAAGGCGCGCCCUACGCCUUCACCCCCAUGUGCGACUCGCGCGAGGAGAUCGAAGGCUUCCGCUUCUGGAAACAGGGCUACUGGAAGAGCUUCCUCCGCGGCCAGCCCUACCACAUCUCCGCCCUCUACGUCGUCGACCUGAACCAAUUCCGGGCCCUCGCCGCCGGUGACCGCCUCCGUGGCCAGUACCAGAUGCUCUCCGCCGACCCGAACAGCUUGAGUAACCUGGACCAGGACCUGCCGAACCACAUGCAACAUCACAUCCCCAUCAAGAGCUUGCCGCAGGAAUGGCUGUGGUGCGAGACCUGGUGCUCCGACGAAUCUCUCAGCCAGGCCCGGACCAUCGAUCUGUGCAAUAACCCGCAGACCAAGGAACCGAAGUUGGAUCGGGCAAGACGGCAGGUCCCCGAAUGGACGGAGUAUGAUGACGAAAUCGCGGCGUUGUCGAAUAGAGUGGAUGUCGAGCGUCAGCGAGAGGAGGAGCUGCGAGCUGAGUCCCGGCAGGAAGAGGAACAGGAAGAGGAUGAUAGUGACGAUGUAGAUGAGGACCCUGCGUGGAUCAAGGAUGAGCUGUAGUUUAGGGUUGAUGCUAUAUAGAAGUGUCUUUG